GACCAAGACUAGGACCAACGCGGCGCUAUACUAUCUUUGACUAGGAGCAAUGACUGUCUAGCCAUGAACGAACACUGCACAUAAAGCAUGAUUUGUUAACAUUUGGAAGACGAGAAUGUCAUUUUUCGAGGGACUAGGGUCGGCCGUGGAAAAAACCACAGUUGUGCUUGAUAUUGGCGCCGCGUAUACAAAAAUCGGUUUUGCCAAUGAAACCGGGCCGCGUGCAAUCAUUGCUUCCUCUGUGAAGCAGCCACGUUCAGGAAAGUUGAUAAGGGUAUGGGACUUCUCCAACUCUGAGGAACUGUACGAUGUCUUGGUGGACUUCCUCCACGUUGUGUACUUCCGCCACCUACUGGUCAACCCCAGAGACAGACGACUGGUCAUCUGUGAAUCUGUACUGUGCCCGACACAGUUCAGAGAAACACUGGCCAAGGUUUUGUUCAAGCAUUAUGAGGUUCCUUCCAUUCUCUUUGCUCCAUCUCAUCUCCUGGCUUUGUUCACCCUGGGCAUUGAAACAGCUCUUGUCCUAGAUGCUGGUUACUCGGAGACCGUUGUCCUGCCAAUCUAUGAAGGAGUGCCCAUAAUCAAGGGUGUACAGGCCCUGCCUCUAGGCGGCAAUGCCAUUCACAGCAACCUGCAAGCGAAACUCUUAGAAGAGGGUGUGGUAAAGGGUCAGGGGAAUGGAGAGAGGCCGCUGUCAUCUGUCAUAAGCACCAUCCCAGAGGAGACACUAGAGGACAUCAAAGUGAGAACCUGUUUUGUCACCAAUAUGGAUCGAAUAAGGCUUAUCCAGCAGAGCAUACUUCAGUCAGACUCGAGCAAGCGGCCUUCUCUUCCAGCAGCUGUGGAGUACCCUUUGGAUGGAGGUAAGAUCCUGACCAUCAGUGGAGACACCAGGGAGAUGGCCUGUGAAGUCCUCUUCGAUCAGGAUAAUGAGGAAACCUCCCUUGCCACGCUCAUCCUGGACUCUAUUCUCAAGUGUCCCAUUGACAUGCGUCGGCAGUUGGCCGGUAACCUGGUCACCAUUGGAGGUACAUCAUGUCUGCAGGGCUUCAACCAUCGUCUCUUGGCCGAGCUGCAGGAGCUUUUGCAGAAGCCUCGCUACAAGGCGGAGCUGGCCAUCGACAAGUUUAAGAUCCACGAGCCACCAUCGCAGGCAAACUACACAGCCUGGCUAGGAGGUGCAAUAUUUGGGGCCUUGGAGAUCCUCAGCUACCGGUCCCUGUCCAAGGACGCCUAUCUCAAGUUUGGCCGGGUGCCGGACUGGUGUUCACUGGACCAGACUCCCCUGGAGAUAGACCCUCUCUCCAAAGACAAGACCUCGCGCCGGCCAUUCCGAGACUCCAUGGACCGUCAAGGCAGCCUGGACAGAUGAGGGAAUGGGGUACCAGUGAUCUAGGCUGGCCCUCUUAUGCUGCGUUAUCAAGCUCUAGACUGCAAUGUACAUUUUUCUCCAUGUCAUGAGUAGCCAGUUCAGUGUUCAUAGUGUGCAUGCGCACAUCUCACUUUUUGACAUAUUCAACUUAGGUUUUAGUGAAUCAGUUAUCUGUAUCGGGGUUUGAUUUUCAUCUAAAAGUCACUAGAGUCAUGGUCGAGUGGCUCACAAACUUCGUUGGACAGGAUUAGUUUGAUAAAACCACUGUAGUACCUCCUACAUGUAUACGAACAAAAAAAUGCAGUUGCUAGUCUUUUGUCUGUUGCAUUGGAUGACUUCAAGAACGAUAUCUGUUUCAGCAUAUCCUCAUACAAAGUUGAUCAAACAGCACCAACACUGGACAUGCUUGGGUGUUUCUAAAGAGGUCCACCUUCUAUUGUUCAGCAGACCAGACUUUUAUGGUCAUUAGCUGCACAAGACCAACAUCAGUUUAAGCGGACAGUGUGAAAUUCGAUUCCAGACUGUAUGCAAAGCCAUUUAGGGCGGCUGUGAACUCGACGAAAAUUCUUGUUCUGUGUAAAAGCAUGAAGUGUCCAAAACUUUGGACAGCUAUAGUUUCAAGUAUUUAUCCUGUUCAUCCCAUUGUCAGUGUUGGAAAAUAUAUCAGUGCUGUGAUCACUCAAGUGGACUGAACUCUGCAAGCGGCCCUCAAGUUCACUUACUCAGCUCUGGUAUUUUUGUACAGUGCAUUGAUCAGGAAAUUUCUUCCUUUACUUUUUGCACUGUUUAACAUUUGUAAAACUUACUUUAGAACUGAGCUGCUCGGUACUGUGAAACAAGCCACAUCUCCUACAUUAGCCAUGCUGUUUUUGUAUACAUGUAUGUGGUACUUCUGUGGUAAAUACACGAAUUCAUCACUGUUUCUAUGGUGUAUUCUGUCUUUGUUGAAUAGCAGGUGGCACAAGUUUGAGCAAAAAGUAGAACGGCAGUAUUUAAAAAUGUCAAAGACAUGUUAAAGUAGAUGGAAGAAUUGUAAUGAAAAUCAUAGUUUGUAAAAUUUUGCUGAAGGCCGUGGCAUCGGUGAAUAUGUAAACUGAAUGAAAAUAUACUGUCCGGAGCCUUCUGUGCAUAAUUGCAAAUUAAUAUAAAUUAGGACAAAUAUCUAUAACUUGAUGAAUUUAGAUCUCAGUGGACACACUGAAUUACGCUUUGCUUUUAUUACAAACAUUUUUGUGUAAAUCGAUGACAUCUAGUGAUAAAUAAUGAAACAGUUUCUUUGCAUUGAGGACUUCUUUCGGAGUUAACGUUUCUUAAGUUGAAUAAGAUCUUGCCAUUUGUGGGGUGUUUUGUUACCAUAUUUCAAUAUUUUGAAGGUUGUUUGAUUGUACAUUUGAGUUGACUUUAUUGGUUUGGGUUUGAAAGUCCUGUGACAUGGAGACGUUUUCUCUUGAUCCUUUUGGGAUUUUUUUUUAUGUCACUCAGGUCAGUCAUUCUUUUCAAUCAAUCUCCUUUUUGUUGUGGUUUUGAUCAUUAAUUAUUAUUCUACUUGUUUGCUUUCCUUUGAGUUUGUUUUCAAAAAUAAUGGUUCAUAAAGCUAUCAGAACCAAGUUUCUGUCCUUCGAUCAAAAGAAAAUGUUUCUCGAGUCAAAAGUGUCUUCUCCCAAACUGUUUGUGGGUGAUGUGCAGUGAAGAGUCUUCAUUAUUGCAAAUUACCUACUUGCAGUUUUCAGCUAAGUAAGCCUGUCUGAGUGUCCAUCCUACAUAUAAAGAAAAUGGUUUCCUGCCAUCAGACGUGCGGGAUUUUUGGUUCAUGAAGGAUUUGGCCAAUUUCUUGUGCCUUCUGAAAGGCAGCCUUUUGUGACCAAGUUAUUUCGAUUGAUCAAGUAAAAAUUUCAGUGAAUUUUUAAUCUGGUUUUUUGGGGAGGUGUCAGUUUCAGAAUGGUUAUGUUUUCAUUUUUCUUAAAUUGAUUUUGAUCCAGUUGAGCUGAAAAACUAAAUAAGGCCCUGUGCAGAAUAUGCCAUGUACUUCAGCACGUGUGUUUGUUGGUGUUUUUGUUUUUUCUUUUAAAAAUAAACUUAUUUAUUUCAAUUCUUUCUGAAAAUGUUUCAACUUCAUUUUGCGGAAGCUCGUUGAGCUUGUCUUUUAGGAUGCAUUGAAUCUGUAUCUCCCAGUGACAUUGACUCAAUAAAGGUGGGAAUCUUGAUUAAUA